AUGCAGAGACUCUGGCGCAUGACAGCAGUCACACAACUGGUUUCUCUGGGCCUUGGCAGGACUGACAUAUUGUAUGCAGUUGACGCAGGAAAAAGUUCCCUAUUAGGAGUUCUCGUCAAGGGCGACCUCGACGACGGCCGUGGAAGGGCACGAGUCAAUCUGUUCCGCCACAAGCACGAGAUAGAGACAGGUAGAACUAGCUCCGUCGGUAUGGAGAUUUUGGGUUUCGAUACUACAGGAGAAGUCAUAACAUCCGAUACUCCAGGACGCAAAUUAUCAUGGGAGGAGAUUGGGAAGCGCAGUGCCAAAGUCAUCACCUUCACCGAUCUCGCGGGCCACGAGAAAUACUUGCGGACAACUGUGUUUGGCCUGCUUUCUAGCAGCCCAAACUACUGCUUGCUCAUGGUGGCAGCCAACAAUGGCUUAAUCGGCAUGAGUAAAGAGCAUCUGGGUAUCGCCUUGGCACUCAAUGUGCCGGUCAUGGUCGUCAUCACUAAGAUUGAUAUCUGCCCGCCCCAGAUUCUCGAGCAAACCAUAAACCAGAUUACUAAAAUUCUCAAGAGCCCAGGAGCCCGCAAGAUUCCCAUUUUCAUCAAGGACCGCGAGGAGUGCAUUAACACCGCUACCCAGUUCAUUAGCCAAAGGAUAUGUCCCGUCUUCCAGGUUUCCAAUGUUACCGGCGAGAACCUUGACCUCGUCCGUACCUUCCUCAACAUCCUACCGCACCACGGGCGGUACGACUCCGACGCACCCUUCGAGUUCCACGUUAAUGAUACCUUCUCCGUUCCUUUCGUCGGCACAGUUGUCUCAGGUAUCAUUAAAUCUGGUGUAAUCCAUGCCGGAGAUAACGUUCUUAUUGGGCCCGACUCACUGGGGCAGUUUACUGCAACGAGCAUUCGUUCUAUCGAACGUAAGCGACUUGGUGUGCCGGCCGCUUCUGCAGGUCAAUCUGCUUCCUUCGCACUAAAGAAGGUCCGCCGCAAGGACGUUCGUAAGGGCAUGGUAGUACUGCCGAAGCUUGAGGGCCAGCCAGCGCCAAAAGUGUACAAGGAAUUCAUUGCUGAAGUUCUAAUCCUAUCUCAUGCGACAACUAUCAAGACAAAAUAUCAGGCCAUGUUGCACGUCGGACCAGUGUCCCAAACUUGCGCAAUAAUAGAUGUCGAUCGUCCAUACAUCCGCACUGGUGACAGGGCAACAGUAGCCUUCCGCUUCGUCCAGCGGCCCGAGUAUCUUGCUCCUGGCGAUAGGCUGCUAUUCCGCGAGGGCAGGACCAAGGGGCUUGGCAUCGUAAAAUCGGUAGGAUACGACCCGAGCAAGCCAUUAUAUCCUCACGGGGAUGUUGAUAACAGUAGUGGUGGCGGGGUAGCUGGUGGUGGUAACGAGGAGGAGACACCUGCCAAUGGCCAGGAAGUCAGUGUAGGGGCGUGA